AAAAGACUGAGCUUGCGCGUAGCCAAAACUUCCUCUACGGCUCCUGCUUCUUAGUGAAAGGACUGUUGAUAUCCACUGCCGCUACACGUGUAGGAAUCCUAUAAAGCCAUAGAAGCCGACCACCAUGGGGGCAUAUCUGUCGCAACCAAACACGACAAAGACCUCUUCCGAUGGCGGCAACAGCAGCAUGAGCUACGGGUUCUCUGCUAUGCAGGGAUGGCGCGUCUCCAUGGAGGAUGCUCAUAACUGCAUCCCAGAGCUUGACAGCGAAACAGCCAUGUUUGCAGUGUAUGACGGCCAUGGAGGUGAAGAGGUGGCUCUUUACUGCUCAAAGUACCUCCCUGAUAUCAUCAAGGAGCAGAAAAACUACAAAGAUGGCAAACUGCAGAAGGCCCUGGAGGAGGCGUUCCUGUUCAUAGACGGAAGAAUGACCUCCGAAGAGGUGAUCAAGGAGCUGGUGCAGAUCGCCGGGCGGCCCACCGAUGAGCCCCCCGCCGAGAAGCUGGCAGAGGAGGACGACCUGGACAACGAAGAGGCGGCGCUGCUCCACGAGGAGGCCACCAUGACCAUCGACGAGCUGCUGGUGCGCUACGGGCAGAACCUCAACGCUGUGAAGCACGCCGCCGCUCUCAGCGCCGCAGCCAAGAAGGCGGGUUGUCCUCACUCCGGGGCCCCGGGGGAGAAGGCCGAGUCCGGAGCGGCGGGCGAGGAGCCGGAGGUGAACGGAGAGGCCACGGACCAGGGGAGCAACGGGAGCGCCAAGUCUGAAGAGGCAGGGGGCACAGGGUUCUCCAAGCUGAGGGCCUGCCGCAAAGCCACCAGAGGGGCAGGCGGGGACGAGGGCGGGUCCUCCUCAGUGGCGGCCGAAGGCGGCAAGGCGGGGGGAGGCGGCGGAGGCGAGAAGGCGGGGAAGGCGGAGGGCUGCGCCGGGCCGUCCUGCUCCUCCAGCGCCGCCGUGGCAGACGGUCGCUCUCGCUUCUUUGAGGACAGCGAGGAGUCAGAGGAGGGAGAGGAGGACGAGGAGGACAGCGACGACGAGGAGGGUAGUGAGGAGGAGGACGGUGACAGCAGUGAACUGGAGGAAGAGGAGGACACAGAUGAAGGAGAGGAGGAUUCAGAGGAUGAGGAGGAAGAGGAAGAAAUGUGUCUACCGGGGAUGGACGGCAAAGAGGAGCCCGGCUCAGACAGUGGAACCACAGCGGUGGUUGCUCUGAUGCGUGGGAAGCAGCUGAUUGUGGCCAACGCUGGGGACUCGCGCUGUGUGGUGUCUGAGAGCGGCAAGGCGGUCGACAUGUCAUACGACCACAAACCAGAGGAUGAGCUGGAGUUGGCUCGCAUCAAAAACGCCGGGGGCAAGGUGACCAUGGACGGCAGGGUGAACGGGGGACUGAACCUGUCCAGAGCCAUCGGUGACCACUUCUACAAGAGGAACAAGAACCUGCCGCCAGAGGAGCAGAUGAUCUCCUGCAUGCCCGACGUCAAAGUCCUGACGCUCCACGACGACCACGACUUCAUGGUCAUCGCUUGCGACGGCAUCUGGAAUGUGCUGAGCAGCCAGGAGGUGGUGGACUUCGUCAGCGCACGGAUCAAACCGGACCAGGCCGGCAAAGUCCGGCCCCUCUCUAACAUAGUGGAAGAGCUUUUGGGGCAAUGUUUGGCCCCGGACACCACCGGAGACGGCACCGGGUGUGACAACAUGACCUGCAUGAUCAUCUCGUUCCGGCCCCACCCCGCCUCCACUCCCAACCAAUCGGAAGACAUGAGGAAGAGGAAGCUGCAGGAGGCUGAGGCCGAGCUGGAGAAGAACGGGAAGGACGGGAAUGACAGCAAAAAGGCAAAGAGUAACUGAACGAACACCCGGCAGCCGCUGGCCUGCGUUUGCCCCACAAAUGUUAGAGACUAAUUUCCACAACCCGAAAAUCUUUGCCAGGCAAGGGUCUAAUUCCCCCCCCUCAUCCAACCAAAUUCCCACGUUCCACUCCUAUGAUUAAAUGUUAAUGAGGUCAUGGGUCAAAUUAUUAUUAUUGCUAUUCUUUUUUUUUUCUUACCAUGUGAUUUAAGCUCCGGUCUCCCCGGAGACGAAAUGAGAGCUGUUCUAUGUGAAGUGUUUAUUCGAAGGCCCCCUUCAAGUUACCGGCCUUUCGUCUCACUGCUCAGCAUACGAUGAUGUUGUUUCUGUGUUUUUGUCUUGAAGACAUAAAAGAUAAAAUGUAAACCGUAGAUUACAACAAAAGCAUAUAUAUAUCCAAGCCUUUUGUGGUAGUGGCCAUACUUUACUGGACACCUGGCACUUGAGUUAUUUUGAAGGGGUGAGAGAGGGGCCGAUCACCCUACAGUUAUAAAAGUGCUCAACGGUUGAGUCCUCUCUCUCUCUAUGACUCCAAGUGAGAUCUUGUGUGCUUUUGAAAUUUGUCCAUUUCAAUCUCAUUGUCUCCUCCCCAGAGUCUCAAUUCCUGUGAGGGGGGACGUCGAUUUCUCCAAGGGGGUGGAGGGGUCUUGGGCACCAGCUCUGCUGUCGUCCCUCUAGUUUUAGUUUUGAAACUGGACUCGGAACUUGCAGAGGAGUCGUUUGUAUGACCACUCUCUGGUGGCUCUGCUCAAUGUAGCCUGGCACUUUGUCAGAUGGUACACGUCCCCGUCCCCCCCAACCCCCACAUUAGGCAGCUGAUAAGCAGUGAGAUUCAGGCUUGUAGCACUGGAGGGACAGACUAACAAUAACAUAAAAUGGGCAGCUGCAUCACAGAAAUCCCUUCACUCGCUCUCUUGCCCCCCCUGGCAGUCCAAAACCCGUGUUUAGUUUCAAGUAAAGGUGACUUCCACUGGAAUAUAUAUCUUCAUUGUGUUGGUUCCUUUUCUCUUUUUAGCUGCAAUGCAUUUGACACAGUAACUCGGGACUGUGGUUAAAUGUGUUUUCGUGGAGACGACCCAAGUUAUUUCUGAGUGGAGCAACCAGAGUAUCGGUGUGCACUGCUGCACUCUUGUGUUCAUGUGUUGAUGGCCCAUGUGAACCAUAAUGUCUAGUGUAAUUCACUCUUGUGCUCAACACAUUACCCCGUUUUUUUGUUUUUGCUGUAUAUACUUUUUCAAUAAUUGUAAUUGAAGAAAAAAGGCCUUUUCUUUGUAAUUGUGAUUCAAUGUGUCAUUUUGGUGGAUACUCUUUUUGACACCAGUAUGGAAGUGCAUAUACAAAUACAUUUUUUACAUAAGAUUGCUACGGUCCCUUUCUGCUCAAUUAUGUACUCAAUUUAGCAUCACCAUUUAAACUAAAAAGGUUAGAUUUAUUUUUCUUCUGCCUUUUCAUUGUUUGCUUUCUCUUUUUUGUGCCAUAACUAAUAUAGCUUGGAAUCCUGAGCUUUAUUUGACACUUUUUGGUAAUGAGAGUAAUUCCAUUCAACCUGAAGUUGCCUCUGAUUCCCCUAUGUAGUGUCAGUCCAUUCGCUGUGGGCUUAUCAACCACAACAGUAGCCUCAUCCUUUUCGCUGAUGAACUCUUUGCCCCAGCCUGCCUAAAAGCCUACAUUUCAGAUACAAAUUGAACACCAUACAAUAAAUAUUUUUAAUGUAA